UGCUCGGUGCCGGCGGCGGCGCGGUCCCGCCGCCGGUAUGAACGAGGCGGUGCUGCGGCGGACGCAGGAGGCCUUGGGCCCGGUGAUCCGCAAGCCGCCGCUCACCGACCGGCUCCUCAGUAAGCCGCCAUUCCGGUACCUGCACGACGUGAUCACUGAGGUAAUUAGAGUGACAGGCUUUAUGAAAGGACUUUACACGGAUUUUGAGUUGAAAUCGGAUAACGUUAAGGAUAAAGAUGCCAAAAUCAGCUUCCUUCAGAAGGCAAUUGAUGCUGUUGUGAUGGUUACAGGAGAGCCACUGUCAGUGAAACCAGCACGUGUUGUGGCUGGGCAUGAACCUGAGAAAACCAAUGAAUUUCUUCAGGCAAUUGGGAAGUGUUGCUUAAAUAAGCUGUCCAGUGAUGCUGCUGUUAAAAGGAUCUUAGCUGGAGAAAGAGCUGAUGCUAAAGAGAAACCUCCCACGUCUAAGUCUCGAGAGAAAGAAAGCAGAGAAUCCAAAUCAGAGGUGCGAAAGAGCCAUAAAGAGAGUAGAGGAGGUGCUGAAAUUAAAGACAGAAGCUCGAGUGGAGGCAGAAGAGCCAAAGGAGAGUUGAAAGAGAGUGAAGAAAGGGAAAAGGAAAGCAAUAAGCAUAAGGAUAAUGAAGACAGGCACAAAGACCAUGAAAGGGAAAGAAGCAGAAGCAGAACAACCAAGCAAGGAAAAGAAACAGAAAAACACAGGAGCAGAGGAGACAUAGAACAAGAAGAUGAACUCAAGCAUGAUAAAGGACAGGAAAGAGAGAAAAAAUACGAAGGAGCAAAGGACACACCAAAAGAAAGAGACAAAGAUAAGGCUAGGGACAGAGAACGGGAGAAAGACAGAGAGAAAAGGAAAGAUCGGGAAAGGGACAGAAAAAGGGACAGAGAAAAAGAUGGGGAGCACUUAAGAGAACAUGGAAAUGAUAAAGCAGAGAAAAAGUCUGCAGAUGCUGAGGAAUCCACACAUAGAAAACCACGGAGGCCAACUGAAGAUGGCAAGUGCCAGCCAGAUCAUGAGAAUGAAAGUUCUCCAGGAAUCUCAAGGCAGCCUUCAACAAAAGGAACAAGGCAACACGCCAGACCCAGAGGAGAAGAAGCUGUGGAAAUGAAGAGCGUGGCAGAUAGGAUUUCAGAGGACAGUGUUGCUAAACUGGAAGAGAAAGCUGAACCAGGGCUUGAAGAGAAAGAAGGAGAAGUGGAGGAUGUGGCUCCUGAGAAGCCUGCAGAAAAUGGUGAAGUACCUCUUGACCUUCCACCUCAGCCCAUCCAAAGGCGAAUUCCCCGUCCUGGCAGCGCAAGACCAGCACCACCCAGAGUGAAACGUCCAGAAAGCGCUGAGCUCUUACCUCCAGAAAGGAUUGGUAGUGGUAAAACAGUCUCAAAUGUGAUCACAGACCAGCAGAAUUCUGAUGAUGAUGAUGACCAGUUUGUGGUGGAGGCAGCACUGCCACUGCCCGAAGUGCCACAUACGGAAAUGGAGCCAGAAGUGGAGCUGGUUGAGGAUCAAAAGCAUGGUGGGCUUGUAAAAAGACUCCUGGAAACAAAGAAGGAUUAUGAAGCAUCACAGAUAUCCUCAAAGACCACAGAGAGGGAGAAGUCCUUUGUGUCAGAAACAGACAGGAAAAGAGAGAGAGACUUGGUAGCCAAAGAAAUUGAGAAGUUUCAGGUCUCUAUUCAGAAUCUGUGCAAGAGUGCUCUGACGCUUGGCAGGAUCAUGGAUUACAUCCAAGAGGAUAUGGAUGCCAUGAAGAACGAGUUGCAGAUGUGGCGGCAGGAGAACAGGCAGCAUGCAGAAACUCUACAGAAGGAGCAGAGCAUCACAGACAGCGCUGUUGAACCAUUAAAAGCUGAUUUGGCUGAACUGAACCAGUUGAUUAAAGACCAGCAAGACAAGAUCUGUGCUGUAAGAGCUAAUAUUAUAAAGAAUGAAGAGAAAAUCCGGAGGAUGGUUCUCAGCAUAAACCUGUCUUCCAAAAGGUGAAGAACUGGAACUGUCUGACAUUGCUCCCAAAUAAAAACCAAAUAGCAGAAAAAUGAAGAUAUCCAUUGUUGAGAUAUAAAAUGUUUAGGGACCCAAAGCCUAAAACUUGUAUAAAAGUCCAUUAUUGCGUUGAUCUUUAGAAGUUGAUAUUACUUGGGAUAGAAUGAUAUUCAUUUGAAUGCUCAAGUUGUAGAGCUAUUAAAAUAACUUGUUUGUUUAAA